CACGGAAGCGUUGUGGAAGCGGAGAACGUCCGCGAGAACGUUUUCGCGGGAUCUCCCCCGCCUCUUGACGUCCCCCCGAAGCUGUGCCGCGCGUACGGAGAUCCGCACACGAAGCCAUCUACGUCGUCGGGAAACACGUGGACAUCGCGAAGUCGGGAUAUGUGUCGAUCGGUCGAUGUUGUUGGGGCUCAUUAAUCUAUCGGCCGAAACAUGCCCUCGGAAUGCGGCGGACUGGUGCACUUCAAGAAGAGACUAAAGCCUCGCAAGCAACAGUCCCGGGAGCCAAUUCGCGUCUUCGGGGGAUAAGAUGAGCAAGAGCGUGGAGUUACUCGCUGGAUCGGAGGACAGUGAGCCAACACCUGCGAGUAACACGUGCUCCCAGGAGAGAUCCAGACUAAAUCUGAACGGGAGCCGUCAGCUCUCGAAAAGCGCCACGGAGCUACGCGACAACCAGAUCGUGAACAGCUCGUCGCCCUCGAGGCGGGGCGAUGGAUCCGGCGAGUCCGGCCAUCAUCGGCAUCAACCGCGUCAUCAUCAUCACGGCACGACGUCCGUGGCGCAGCGCACACACACGUUUUUCGCGACUCUGAAGAGUCGCUGGGCGCGCAGCAGAAGCAAGGAAAGAAAAAAAUCCAAGGACACCAGCCAGGACACGACCUCUCUGAAGAAUCCGGGCGUCGAGUCCGAUUAUGCCGCCGAUUACUCGUCCGAGCACAGCAAAAGUUCUUCGGCCACUCAGAGCCCGGCCAGGCACUGCCUCAAUCAUCCGGAAUCUCCCUUGGCACGCGGCGGUCGGGAAAAAGUCGUGACCGUGCAGGAGGACAACCUCGGAAAAUGCGGCGAAGGAUUCUCCAAGGGAUCCGUAACCUUUUUAAAUCAGAAAGAAGCGAACGAGGACAUCGUCAUUCAGGAUGGCGACGAGUUCCUUCAGGACGAGGCGACGCGAAAGAGGGAACAGGCGUUGCGACAACACGCCUUCUUCCAGCUUCGUUUGCAUAUAAGAAGGGGCACGAAUCUCGUCGCGAUGGACAGAUGCGGCGCCAGCGAUCCUUACGUGAAGGUGAAAUGUUUAGGACGACUGCUGCACAAAUCGCGCACCGUUCAUCGCGACCUAAAUCCGGUUUGGGAUGAAAGUGUGACCUUGCCCAUAGAAGAUCCUUUUCAGCCGCUUACCAUUAAGGUUUUCGAUUACGACUGGGGUCUGCAGGAUGAUUUCAUGGGAGCCGCUCAGUUGGAUCUCACGCAACUCGAUCUCGGACACCCGCAGGAUAUAACGUUGGAACUCAAGGAUUCGGCCAGACCGAAGCAGCAUUUGGGCGAAAUCUUCUUGACGGCUACCCUUUGGCCGAAGAAUCAACACGAUAAGGAGCAGUAUUUCCAGAAGACCAAUCGAUUGGCGGACGUGAAUAGACGAUUGAAAUCGCAAAUAUGGAGUUCGGUGGUGACGAUUGUUCUCGUGGAGGCGAAGAAUCUGUUACCGAUGGAUAUAGACGGCUUAUCGGAUCCUUAUGUAAAAUUUCGCCUCGGCACGGAAAAGUACAAGUCGAAAGUCGUUAACAAGACCCUGAAUCCAGUCUGGCUGGAACAGUUCGAUCUCCAUCUCUACGAGGAUCCGUAUCUCGGACAGGAAUUGGAGGUGACGGUCUGGGACCGGGACAAGAGUCACCAGGACGAUCUGAUGGGCAAGACGAUGAUCGAUCUGGCGACCCUCGAGCGCGAGACCACGCAUCGGUUGUGGCGCGAGCUCGAGGACGGGUCCGGAAGUAUCUUCUUGUUGCUGACGAUAAGCGGCACCACGGCCAGCGAGACGAUCAGCGAUUUGACCGCGCACGAGGAAAACCCGAUGGAGCGCACACAGUUGGUUCAGCGAUACGCCGUUGUCAACACUCUGCAGAGGAUACGCGACGUGGGUCACCUGACGGUGAAGGUGUAUCGCGCCCAAGGUCUCGCGGCUGCUGAUCUCGGCGGUAAAAGCGAUCCCUUCUGCGUGCUGGAGCUCGUGAACUCGAGGCUGCAAACGCAGACGGAAUACAAGACUCUCUCGCCGAACUGGCAGAAGAUCUUCACUUUCAACGUGAAGGACAUCAACUCCGUCCUGGAGGUGACGGUGUACGACGAGGACCGGGAUCACAAGGUGGAGUUUCUCGGAAAGGUGGCGAUACCGUUGCUGAAGAUUCGCAACGGCGAGAAACGAUGGUACGCGCUGAAGGACAAGAAGCUGAGAGGCCGCGCGAAGGGCAACUGUCCCCAGAUUCUUCUCGAGAUGACCGUGGUGUGGAAUAUAUUCCGAGCGUGCGUAAGAACGCUCAAUCCGAAGGAGAAGAAGUACAUGGAGCCGGAGGUGAAGUUCAAGAGACAGGUCUUUCUGCGAAACGUGCUCAGACUGAAGGCCAUCAUCGUCAUAUUCAUCGACAUCGGGAAAUAUGUACAGAGCUGCUGGGAGUGGGAGAGCAAGAUGAGGAGCAUCGUCGCCCUCGUCAUUUUUAUUCUAGGAUGCUAUUACUUCGAACCCUACAUGAUACCGGGCGUGGCGUUACUUAUUCUCGUCAAGUAUUACCUGGUACGUCAUUCCGUUUAUCUGGUUUUUGCUGAUUGCCAAUGCAAGGGAUUAAAACUCGAGCCAGCACGACCUUACGGAUCCUUAGAAGAUUUAAUUGAUUUCUGCAUAAACGCUUACUACUACAACGGAAUUGUCUCAGACCUUAGCGGCGAGAGGAGCGGGUUCAAUCAUUGGAUUUGCGGGCAGGUCGCUGCGAUGACGGGCGCACCUUUGAUUUACGCGACUUCGCAGUUUCAAGAUCACGGACCCGAUAUCGGAUCCGACGACUGUCCGCCGACGCCGGGCGACGACGAUGACGAUGAAGACGACAAAGAUAAGGAAGAAAAGAAGAGCCUGAAGGAGCGUCUGCAGGCGAUACAGGAAGUGACGCAGACAGUGCAGAACUCGAUCGGCUACCUGGCCAGUCUGUGCGAGAAGGUGAAAAAUCUCUUCAACUUCACGAUACCCUAUCUGAGCUACCUGGCAAUGAUCCUGACGAUUCUCGGAGCGAUCGUGCUCUACUUCAUUCCCGUCCGGUAUCUGAUACUCGCCUGGGGAGUCAAUAAGUUCUCUAGAAAAAUCUUCAGGCCUCACUCCGUGCCCAACAACGAGCUUCUCGAUCUUAUAUCCAGAGUGCCUGACGACGAAGAACUGCUUAAUUAUAGAGAACUGAAACCCAUGCCGACGGCGGAUUGCGAGAAGGGCGGCGGCAGCGGCAGCGGC